AUGUCGAGACGACCGAGCGUCACAAUCUACGAUUACCCAGAGGAUCUCAAUCCAUUCAAAGAUGAUAACGAGGAAGUCAGUCACAAAUUGCCGGUGAACAGUACCAGAGAGAAAGACGAUAAGAAGAAAUUCUGGACAUUCGGGAGAAAUAAGAAAAAACGCUCUCACAGCUUCUCCAUCAAAUCCACGUGGAAUGGAAUCUUCGGUAAGAAGAAGGAGUCGUACGAGAGAAGUCCGACGAUAUCAACAGUAUCAUCGACUUAUCAGCGUGCCAGCUACAAUGGCAACCCAGUACCACCUCCUCGUUCCUCCCGGGACCAGCAGGAGUUCAACGAGGCCCUGGGUACUCUCGCCAGAAGGCGAAAGCACACGCUGGACAAUUCCUCUCGGUACAGCUCGAAUUUGACGAUAAACGGUGAUCCUGGGAGGAUCUACGAGGGAUGCCCCCAGGAGACAACCGCCUCCAUCAUGGGUGAUCUCACUCCCAAACCGCCAGCUCGAAGGUUCGGACAAGUGAGCCCCAAGCCAACUGAUAAAAUACCUCCUCUGGAUUAUGGGCAAAAAAGUGAUGAUAGAGAGGAUGAUGGAACGCCUAUUCCACCGAAACGAGGAGGUGUGAGAGCAUCGCAAAGACUAUCCCUUCAGAAUCGCGAUGACGACCCAGUCCAGAUGAGGAAUGAAAAAUACACCGACGAGAAUGAGAAUAUGCCGGAGGAUUUUGUCUUCAAGAGGUGUAGCAACGACGCAGUAAGAAAAUCCAACUUGUCUAUCAACAGUUGCAUGUCUGUGGGAAGUGUCUACGCGUCUGGAAGGAAGAAGAGGAGAGCCCCCUUGCCCCCUGGGAAAAAACCCGAGCCAUUAGAGAGUCCAAAGGAGGCGCUUCCGGACCCCCAGGAGAUCGCGAGAGUAGCGGAGGACAUCACCGAGAUGACCGAGCGAACGAAGCAGCUUGAAGAACCCAAAGAAUCCCCGAAGGAACCCAGCAACCCGUCUCCACCCCCCCAGGCCCCAAAAAUCGUCAUCCAAGAGAGUGAAAUCCUCCCAGAGAGGCCGCCGAGUCCCCGACCCCCGGAAGAGAGACUCGAGGAAAAUCCCCCGGAGAGGAGUUCCCCUGAUGAAGACCCUGAGACAGGACUUGAAAUUGAAUUCACCCGAACGCCGUCCGAGGAGCCCCUUGAGAUAAUCAAGGACGUCUCCAUAAUUCAUGACGACGACGAGGACGUGGUAAUGCGCAAGAGGAGUUCAUCGAGCCUCCCCGGAAGCGACAGUUUCUCGGUGAAGGAGGAGAUCGAGAAGAUCGAGAAACAGAUAAAGCUCUUGGAGUCGAGAAAGCUGCGAACGCGAACAACUUCAUUCACAUCGUCACUAGACGAAGAGGCUUCCCUUCCCCAGCUGGAGCGAGGGGGCAGCAGACGAAGCCUCCAGGAGACACGAAGGAACUUCUUCCGGGAUUUAACGAGGAACGGAAGUGACGACCUCAAGAUUGAGCUUAAGGAGCUGCCAAGGGAGAUGAGGGAGAUUAAGAUCGUUCGGCUGGGUGAUUCUCCAGUGGAACUUACGGAGCCGAAGGAGCCGGUGAAAGUCAUUGAGCUCCACAUCUCAGAGCCCAUCAAGCAGAAACCCGAGGUCAAUCCGGUGCCUAAGCCGAAGAGGCAGGCGAGGGGAGCCGAGGAGAGCGAGGAUGAGGCCAACUCGGGGAAUCUUAUCUAGGGCUUCGGUUUUCGGUAUUUUUGGUUGAGUAAAAAUAUUUGAGAUAAAUCGGAGGUCUAAUGGGCAUUGACGAACAGGGGGAACAGCGACAUUCCGAGAAUUUUCCAUUGAGAUAUCGUAAAGAAAAUUGUGUGAAAAAUUACGAAUAAUUAAAACCUCUGAAAUCUCUGGUUAAUCAGACAGUUUCCACUACUGACUAGUCUCAUAAUCAGUAAUAAGAAUCCAUAAUUCUCCUGAAAAUAUUCGUCGCGAUCUCUGCCCCCAAAAGGUGAUAUACAUCGAUAUCAAGAACAACGUUCAUUUGUUUUUAUGAAUUCCUCAGUUUGUUGACGUAGGAACUCAAUUACAUGGCCUUGUGAAAUAAUUAAGAAUUAUAACUCAUGUGAUUCGGGGAGCAAUUUUAUCCAGCGAGUGGAUACCGUUAUUCUAUGGCAUUUCUAUUAUUUAUUAAUAUAACGAAUUUUAUGAGGAGGAUAUACAGAAAUAUAUAAGGUAUAUUGAAGAUAA